AUCACAUUGGAGGACCACAAGGCUUUUUGUAUUGAUCGUUUGAUGAAAAUUUAACUCCACUUGCUUGUGCAAGUCUAAGCUAUAGAAGUGUUUGCCUUGGUAAGGAACUCCUUCCAGAGCCAGAAUGAAUACCAAAACGUCUGUUAUCCUCAUUUUCGCCGCGGCCUUGGUAACCACGAUCUCUUCAGCCAGCGGAGGUUUAGAAGAGGACAUGCCCUACAAAAGCCUUCUUCGUGAGCUAUGGAGGAAAGAAAGUGACAUGAAGGAAACUUUUGAUGAGGCCACUAGCAUGAAGUCGAAGAGAACCGAAGACUGCGACUUAAUCAAUCAACCAUGCUCUGUUGCAGUGGAUUGUGAGAUUUCCACCUGCGAAGGCCAACCCCUUCAAUGUUAUUAUGGUGAAUGCGGAAGACAAGAAAGCUAUUGGUACAAGCGAUAAUUAAGGCUUGUUGCUGGAUCAUUUGUUCAGUUAUUGGUUACAGUUGUCUUGUAGUAAAUGUUAAACUUUGCCUCCUUAGAUUUUCAAGUAAACGAUGAAUGCACAGCAAAA